AUUCUCGUCAAAACCUUGCGAGUAGACCCUAAUCAUAUUUGCCCCGCCGAUAAUCUCCGCCGCCAAGACUGAAGACUCUCCGGUCUUCUCCGAUUUCCCAGUUUUCAGUGACCGCAAAAUGCGCCGUAAGUGAUGCAGAAGCUACUCGCCGGAAAACCCAUAGCCACCGCAACACUCCCAUCCCUCAACUCUUUCCUUUCCUCCUAUCUCUCCCAUGAUUCCCUUUCUCUAGCGAUUUCCAAGAAUCCCAAACAAGCCCUUAACCCCAUGGCCACAGUUCCGUCGCCGGCCGCCUCCACCCUCCGUUAUUUCCAUCACCUCUCUCGUCUGAACCCAGCCGUGGUCUCCUCCGCCGGCGUUGGGCUGUGUAGUUCGGGUAAUUUGUCUCUUGAGUGUACUGGCCCGCGGCCGAGGUCAUGGGUUGCUCUGAGGCAGGAGAAUAGCAGGGGGACCCACAGAGCGUGGGUGGGAACUGUUGCAGAGGGGUCUGAAGGGGCGGAAAGUGGUGUUGAGACAGGUGAGCAGAGCGGCAGUGGUGUGGAGGAAAGGCCGGCAGCGAGGCUGCAGAGGAGGCAGAGGGGCGGCGGUGAUGCCCCAGAGAGAGAGUUGGCCGGAGCUCCUGAUUUGCUGACAAUCCCCGGCGUGGGGCCUAGAAAUUUUCAGAAGCUGGUGAAGAAUGGUUUUGAGGGUGUCUCUCAACUCAAGCAGCUGUACAGAGACAAGUUCUAUGGGAAGCAAAGUGAGAAGAUGGUAGAGUUUUUACAGAGUUCCGUGGGGAUAGUCCAUAAAAACCAUGCAGAGAGUAUCACAACAUUCAUCAAGCAAAGUGUAGACGAAGACGAGACAAAAGAGGACUCUAUUUCUGCUCUAAAGGUGACACAAAAGAAACGCAUCACUUUUUGUGUGGAGGGAAACAUAAGUGUCGGCAAAACAACUUUUCUGCAAAGGUUAGCGAACGAAACGCUGGAGUUGCAAGAUCUUGUCGAGAUUGUUCCGGAGCCUGUUGACAAGUGGCAGAAUGUGGGUCCCGAUCAUUUCAACAUAUUAGACGCCUUCUAUGCCGAGCCAGAAAGAUACGCGUAUACCUUCCAGAACUAUGUUUUUGUCACAAGAUUGAUGCAAGAGAGGGAAUCGUCGUCCGGUAUCAAGCCUCUGAGGUUAAUGGAAAGAAGUGUUUUUAGUGAUCGUAUGGUUUUUGUAAGAGCUGUCCACGAAGCGAAGUGGAUGAACGAGAUGGAGAUAAGCAUUUACGACUCAUGGUUUGAUCCGGUGCUUUCAAGUUUGCCCGGACUUAUACCCGACGGGUUCAUCUAUCUGCGGGCAAGCCCAGACACUUGCCACAAGAGAAUGAUGCUGCGCAAGAGGUCUGAGGAGGGUGGGGUCUCACUCGAAUAUUUACAAGGCUUGCAUGAAAAACACGAGAAUUGGCUUUUCCCUUUCGAGAGUGGGAAUCAUGGGGUGUUGUCCGUUAUCAAACCCACACAAAGCAUAGACAACUCCUUGUCUCCCGAUAUCAGCGAUAGGGUGUUUUAUUUGGAGGGAAAUCAUAUGCAUCCGAGCAUUCAAAAGGUUCCUGCUUUGAUUCUUGAUUGUGAACCCAACAUCGAUUACUCCAAAGAUAUUGAAGCAAAGAAACAGUACGCGCGCCAAGUAGCCGAGUUCUUCCAAUUUGUGAAGAAAAAGAAAGAGGUGACCGAUGCUACGACACCCGGGUGUGGGGAGGCCCCUACAAUGCCCAAUCAACCACAAGUGAUACUACCUCACAAAGGGGACUUGUGGAUCCCCGGGGGUAAGUUCCCGGGCACGCCCCUCAAAUCUUUGGAUUUCAAGCAAACCGUGGCGCCGUCUUUGUCCCUCCGCUAGCUAGCGGAAAUCAACGGGGCGGCAAGAGGGCUGUGUGCCACCAGCCUACAUGUAAAAAAAGUUAGCACUCAAAAUCAAAUUCCUUAACCUCUUAUGUUUUUAGUUUGGAUGGUGCUGAUGCUUCGUUUGUG